CUUAUAUGCUUAAAAUCAUCAAGUGAUGGGAGAAUGAAGCGAUGAAAGGCAGUUGAAGAUGUGUGUUAAAAGACAGUUUAUGAUAUAGUGGUUGAAAAGCUUGACUGAGAAAAUGCAGACAGGUACAAUUGGAUAGUCAAGGUGUAUAAUUUAUUUAAAGUGAGAUUAGAUGGCAAAGUUGAGGGUCUAUCUCCGGCCGUCAUCAAUUGCUGCAGUGUUUGUGCUGAGUCAGGUAUAGCUUGAUUUAUCCUGGGCUGUUCUCCGAAAGUAUAGUGAAAGAUUUUACAAUAAAUGUGAGGGGACUGUUUACUGUGAUUUAAUAGGGAGAUGUGGGGUAUACAUAAAUUGUAUCAUUCUUAGAAUACCAAAAGUUGCAGUGAUCAUAAAAUUCAACCUCGAUACCUCAAUACAAUUUAAAGAAGAGACAAAGAGAUACAGGAAGGUGAAGGAAACGCUCAUGUAAAUUUACCUUUUCCAUAGAUGAAUCAUCAAGAAAAACCUCCAGAAGAUAAUCUAACUGAGCUGAUGGAAUUUGUUCUCUUGGGCUUUGCUGACAUGCCCCAUCUCCAGUGGUUUCUUUUUGGAUUAUUUUUAAUCAUCUAUAUCAUUAUCCUGAUGAGCAAUGGCACCAUAUUUCUAAUAACAAAAAAUGACCCCACUCUUCAGAGCCCUAUGUAUUUUUUCUUGGCCAAUUUUUCCUUCUUGGAAAUAUGCUAUGCAUCAACCACUCUCCCCAGAAUGCUGAUGAAUCUUGGGACCCAGAGAAGAAGAAUUUCUUUAGUUGCCUGUGCUACACAGAUGUGCUUUGUCCUUAUGUUCGGAGUCGCAGAGUGUUUGCUCCUGGCAGUGAUGGCUUAUGACCGCUACGUGGCCAUUUGUAACCCUCUGAACUAUCCUCUAGUCAUGAACCACAGAGUCUGCAUCCAGUUGGUGACUGGCUCCUGGACCAUUGGAAUCCCAUUUCUUAUAGAGUACACGUAUCAGAUUUUCUCUCUGUCUUUCUGUGGAUCUAACCAAAUCAACCACUUCUUCUGUGACGUUUUCCCAAUACUUAAGCUGGCUUGUGGGGACACAUUUGUGAAUGAGAUGUUGGCCUAUACGGUUGCUGUGCUAUUUGGCAUGGUUCCAUUUCUGUUGAUACUUGGCUCCUACAGUAAAAUCAUCUCCAUCAUCCUGAAGUUCCCAUCAGCCACAAGUCAAGCCAAAGCCUUCUCUACCUGCUCAUCUCAUCUUAUGGUUGUGGUGUUAUUCUUUGGAUCAGCCAUUAUCACAUACUUAAGGUCCAACACCAGACACUCAGAGGGAACUGGCAAAAUUCUAUCUCUUUUCUACACUAUCUUAACUCCUAUGUUUAAUCCCAUGAUAUACACCCUAAGGAACAAGGAUGUCAUAAUCGCACUCAGAAAAUUGCUAUGUAAAUAAUUCACUUCAUUAAAUAAUGAGCUAAAUGUAUAAGAAUUGUUUUCUUACAUAUUUUAAAUCAAAUUUCAAUAGCUAUAUACAUUUAUUUAUACCUUGUG